ACGCCACUUGACACAUAUAUAGCGACAGCGUCUAGUUGUCUUUAUUAUUUGAAUUAUAAAAAGUCGUGUUGUGUUGAAGUUCUCAAAUUUUGUUGUAAUUUGAAAUUAGUAAAUUUAAUUUUUAUCCGUCAGUUAUUUUCAUACUAAGCAUAACAACCAGAGGGAAAUGGCAACAUCGAAUUUUCCUGAGUGGUUGACUGGUGAUUUUCUCAAGUCCUGCCUUGAGUCUGACAAGGAGAACUUUAGGGGAAUAACUAUAAAAAACUAUCAACUCGAGCCCGCCGUCGCUCCUGGCAACAAUUACGGCAGUUAUAUAAUUAGAGCUAACGUACGGUACAAGGUAUCCGACGAUUCUACUGAAAGCUCUGUUUCGUUAAUAUUAAAAGCACCCCUGUCCAAGAAUUCGAUCAUAGCUGAAGUGUUCGAUGAUUCCCGCGACGAACAGUAUAAGAAUGAGGCGAAGUAUUACAGUGAGUUUAUCUCUCAAUCGUACAAACUGAGCAAACACGAUUUAGUGCCCAAACUUUAUAAAUCCCCAAACCCACUAUGUGUGGUAUUGGAGGACCUGAACGCGUCAGGGUUUGAGAUGAUUGAUCGGCGCAAACUGCUCGACUUCGACCACUGCAAACUUUUCGCAGAGGCUUCCUCCAAGCUCCACGCGCUUUCGAUUGCUAUUUAUAAAACUAAUCCAGAUUUGAUCGAAAGUUUUGGAACAAAUAAGCCAAUACUAGGUGAGAUACAGAAAGUGAUGAUGCCUAACAGUCUCAUCUGCAUGGCAGCUUAUUUGGAAGACAAACCAGAGUACAAAAAGCAGUUUGACAUUAUCAAAGAAGCCAGUGAGAAUGAUGUAUUUUGGACUAUUUUUAAAGAAAUGUUGGAUGUUUCCACUUCAAAACCGAUUAAAGCACUGACACAAGCCGAUCCUUGGUGCACAAACAUGAUGUUUAAAUACAACAGUUCAGGUAGACCUGUACAGAUAAAAAUUAUAGAUUUCCAGAGCGCAAAGCUGAAGUCUCCACUCGUUGAAUUCGUUACCUUCUUAUCAACGUCAGCCAAUCUGGAAGUCCGUCAAAAUAGAUUGAAUGAUCUAUACAAAAUCUAUUGUGAUUCACUCAAUGGAAAUCUCACAGCAUUGGGUUGUCCUGAACGAUUGUCCAUGGAAGAGUUAGAAGCAGAAAUAACUUUCCUGAGCCCGAUUGUUUUAUUCCACAUGUGCGGUUUGCCCAUGACUUUGGCUGAUACCAUGCUGAACGUAAAAGAAUACGUAACUGUAAAAUUUUCGCUUGACACUGUUAAAGACAGUUUGUUCUACAAAGAAGUUUACACGGGCACGUAUUUUGAUAUUAAUUUUCCACAGAUUUUUAGUGCUUAUAAAGAUCAUGGUGUUUAUGAUUAUAUGUCGGAAAGAAUUAGGGAGAUGAAAUCUAGAAAGUAAGAUUAUAGUAAUGUUGUACGACUUGAAAUCUUUGGUAUUAUGUAUUUUAUGUAAUAUUACCUUCUCGAUUUUACCUUAUGCACUAACUCUCUUCCAUUUUACUGUAUGUACUUUUUUAACUAUCAUAGUUAAUAGAUGUGUGUAUGUAAGUAACGUUCCUAUAAUUAGCUAUUCAAACACUACAUUUAUGCCAAAGGAAGAUGUUUUAUCUAAUCUUGACCUACUUUGUUAGGUCUAUCACCGGGCUAGAAAACUUUUAUUGACGUCCCAUCCCAGGCAUUACUACGAAAGCCACAUAUCUGUAAUCUUGAAGCAUCAUUAAACAUGUAUAACAUUAUUUGGAACUACACUACUUUCAUAUACUCAAGAUGACAUUACAGUGAGCAUAACUUUGCUCAACUAUCUGCCCUCAGUCAACUGUUGCCCACAAGAUGGUAUCGCUGUACCUUUUUCAUCAACUGCCCUCCGUCUUCCUUAUGCUUAAGACACCAUUGGUUAAAUACGGCAUCAGCAGUAAAGCCCUAUCUUAAUCCAACUUCAAGAUGGUUUUGCGCAAACACCGGGAGUAAUUUUUGAUUUGAGAUGUAAUUAAGCAUAAAAGUGCACUUGAUGUUUGGCAAGUCUUAUAAUGGUGUUUUAUGAAACCCUUCAUUAUAUUUACGCUAGAUAUUAUGAUUUUUACUCAAUUUUUAAAUAUAAAUGACAAAAUUUCAUAUCUCACGUAUCAGUUAAACGAUAAUGUCUGAAUCGAGUUUUUAUUACGCUUCAACUCCACUUUAGGUCUGAUGGAGUUGAUGAUUUGAGGUUUGAUAAUCCACCAUGGGUGGAAAAAUAUGAAUACUCAUUAUGUUCUUUUCCCCCAGAGCUUCUUUACAACUUGACAGGGCCUGACAUAUAAAUUUAAAUAGUAUGCAUAAAAAAAACAUUUUCUGUAAAUAAUAUGUGAAUUUUUUAGUUGUACAUAAUACUUUAAAAUGUCUUAACUGUUUGAUAAACGUACGUUCAAAUUCAUUUUGCAAUGAAUAUGCAUUUUUUUAUUUAUUGUAAGUUAUGCACACCUAUUGUGAUACUAACUAAUUAGAAUAGCAGUACUGAUGGCGAGAGAAAAGAAGAGACCUGGCCCGUGCCGGCGCACAGCUGUGUACUAGUGUGUUGCCGCGCUGUAAUUUCAGGCGCUUCGCCCCACAGCCAACCAUGCGUAUUGUUUAUCCUAGC